AUGGAAAAAAUGCCAAUAGUUGAAGAACCGAACGUUGUUAUCAAACUCAUGAUCCACUUUUGCAGAUAUCACCGUGGUUUGUUUUCUACCAACAAGACCCUAUUAGUUUCACCACUAGCCAUUCCACUACUAAAGAAAUCAAAACCCCGCGCUGUCCACCGAUCCUCAAUCAACCACGAAGAAGCUUCUCCCCACGAAUGUGUCGGUGAUAUUAAAUUCCCUUAUUAA